CACGAGCUCCAAUCUAUAUAUAACCCAUUCGCCCAACUUUGAGCCCAACAAUAUAAGACUCAAUAAACCCUAACCCUAACUCCAUUUCUGCCACCAUCAUUGUUCAGCUUCGCAAACCAGCCUCAGGUAAGCAAUGGUGAAGCAUAACAAUGUUAUCCCAAAUGCCCACUUCCGUAAGCAUUGGCAAAACUAUGUCAAGACAUGGUUCAAUCAACCAGCUAGGAAGACAAGAAGACGCUUAGCUCGUCAAAAGAAGGCGGUUAAGAUUUUCCCUAGGCCUACUGCUGGACCACUUAGGCCAAUUGUUCAUGGACAAACUCAGAAAUACAACAUGAAACUUAGGGCUGGUAAAGGAUUUUCUCUUGAGGAGUUGAAGGCUGCUGGCAUUCCCAAAAAGCUUGCACCCACUAUUGGCAUCUCUGUUGAUCAUCGCCGCAAGAACCGAUCCUUAGAAGGUCUGCAAGCCAACGUGCAGAGGCUGAAAACAUACAAGGCCAAGUUGGUUGUCUUCCCAAGACGUGCACGCAAGGUCAAGGCCGGUGACUCUACUCCAGAGGAACUUGCAAAUGCUACACAGGUUCAAGGAUCAUACUUGCCAAUUGUGAGGGAGAAACCAGCUGUAGAGUUUGUUAAGAUUACAGAUGAAAUGAAGGCUUUUAAAGCUUAUUACAAGCUUCGCCUUGAACGAACAAACAAACGUCAUUUGGGUGCCAGAUUAAAGAGGGCUGCUGAGGCAGAGAAGGAAGACAAGAAGUGAAAACAUCAGAAAGUCUGAGUCUCCCAUCCCCAUCCAUAUGAUAGUUAUUGCAAGACAAUUUUUGUUUGAGAUUUUCUUUGUUAAGAAAUUGCUUAUUCUAAAACAUGCAUCACCAUUGCUGUUGUUAUUUUUGUUGGAAGACAAUUUUUGUUUGAGAUUUUCUUUAUUAAGAAAUUGUUUUAGCUAAAA